AUGAAUCUGGGUUGUUCUGAAUGCACCUCCUCUCACUGGUAUGGGCGCCGGAAAAAGACUCGGCUUUUGGAGGGUGUGCGUUUCUUGGUGGUUCCCGCCGCCGGUGACCGGAAGAUCGAUCCACAUUGCCAAUUGGGCUUUCCAGGUUUAGCGGGUCGGGUGCCCAUUUUCGUGAAUUUGAGGAUUAAAAAAUGCUUCUCUCACAGGGCAAUCACUCCAGUCGGAGAUGAGAUCCCUUCACUUCCAAGCGCUGUUGAUAGAAAGGACACUCAGAUAAUCACCCAACCUGCUGUGUUCCACAAGGAUUUAAAUUCUCUCCCAAAACCUUUGUCUUCCACCAAUCUUCCAUCUUCUCCGAGCGAUGGCACAAAGUUCCGUGUGGCUUAUAGGGGGAUACCUGGAUCUUAUAGUGAGGCUGCUGCAUUAAAAGCGUACCCGAAUUCCGAGACUGUCCCUUGUGAUCAAUUUGAGGCCGUGUUCAAGGCAGUUGAAUUAUGGUUGGUGGAUAAAGCUGUCCUUCCCAUUGAGAAUUCUGUAGGUGGGAGCAUCCACCGGAACUACGAUUUGCUGCUUUUUCAUAGGCUUCACAUAGUUGGAGAAGUUCGGCUGAUAGUCAACCAUUGUCUUCUUGGGUUGCCCGGUGUUAGAAAGGAAGAAAUAAAGUGUGUUUUGAGUCAUCCACAGGCACUUGAACAAUGUGAGAUUUUUUUGAACAAGUUGCGUCUUACCAAAAUCAAUGCAGUUGAUACUGCCUGUGCAGCUCAGAUUGUAGCCUCAGAAGGGGUGAGAGAAACGGGAGCAAUCGCAAAUACUCGAGCUGCAGAAAUUUACGGACUUAAUGUUCUUGCUGAAAGAAUUCAAGAUGAUUUGGACAACAUAACCCGUUUUCUGAUACUUGCAAGAGAACCAAUAAUCCCAGGAACAGACAAACCUUAUAAGACUAGCAUUGUCUUUACUCUAGAAGAAGGGCCUGGAGUUCUUUUCAAGGCUUUAGCAGUUUUUGCCAUGAGGGACAUCAAUUUGUCAAAGAUAGAGAGCAGACCGCAGAGAAGAAGACCGUUGAGAGUUGUUGAUGACUCUAACAGCGGGCGUGCGACAUACUUUGACUACCUCUUUUACAUUGACUUUGAGGCUUCUAUGGCAGAGCCUCGUGCCCAAUAUGCACUGGGGCAUCUUCAGGAAUUUGCAAGGUUUAUUCGGGUCCUUGGAUGCUAUCCAGUGGACACAACGCAGUGA